CCGGAAGCGGUGCCGGCACGGGCCGCACGUGGGGCCGAGCCGAGCCGAGCCGAGCCGAGCCGGGCCGUGCCGUGCCGGGCCGUGCCGUGCCGUGUCCCCGUCCUGUCCCCGUCCCCGCCAUGGGCCGAGCGCGCCGCCGGCACAACUGGAAGGCGCGGCAGGCGCGGGGCCCCGCGGCACCGCCCGCGCCGGAGCCGCCGGAGCCGCCGCCGGAGCUGCCGCUGGAGCUGGGAGAUGGAGCAAUACUGAAGGGAAUUGAUGAAAGCAAUGCCUUGGUCCUGCCAGCCAAAAAAGCCAAGAAGAAAAAAGUCACCUGUGUUGUGCAGCAGCAGAAGAAACCCCUGAGCAAGAAACAGAAGAAAAACCUGCAGAAGGUUUUGGAGCAGAAGGAGAAGAAAAAACAGCGAGCUGAGUUGCUGAGCAAGCUGAACGAGGUUCAGGCUUCAGAGGCAGAAAUGAAACUCCUGUACACAACUUCCAAACUGGGCACUGGGGAACGCAUGUAUCAGGCUAAAAGGGUGACACAGGAGCCCAGGACUGAUGCCCCUGAAAGGAUCAGGAGCAUCAGCGGUGCCAACAAGAGAAGGCACAGCUCAGGCUCAGAAUCAGAGCCUGAGGAGGAGCCCAGCAGCUCUGAGGAGGAGGAAGAGCAGAAGCAGGACCCUGGGAAAUCCUCAGCCAAUGCUGGGAAUGCUGCUCAAAAGGCAGAGGGAGGAGUGGGGAAGGCAGGGGCUGAGCAGCCUCCAGCUGGUCCCAGAGCCCCAGCGCCCCAGGCAGCCCCUAGCAAGGCUCCCUGCAAGCCUGCAGUGUUUGUCCCUGUGGACAGGAGUCCUGAGAUUCAGGAGGCAAGACUAAAGCUUCCCAUCCUUGCUGAAGAGCAAGUGGUCAUGGAAGCCAUUAAUGAGAAUCCCAUUGUGAUCAUUUGUGGGGAGACAGGAAGUGGCAAAACCACCCAAGUGCCUCAGUUCCUCUAUGAAGCUGGAUAUGCCAGUGCCGGCGGCGCCAUCGGCAUCACGGAGCCUCGGCGCGUGGCCGCCGUGUCCAUGUCCCAGAGGGUCGCCAAGGAGAUGAACCUGUCACACAGAGUGGUUUCCUAUCAGAUCCGGUACGAAGGGAACGUCACGGAUGAAACGCAGAUCAAGUUCAUGACAGAUGGUGUGCUGCUCAAAGAGAUUCAGAAGGACUUCCUGCUUUCAAAGUACAGAGUCAUCAUCGUUGAUGAAGCCCACGAGAGGAGCAUGUACACAGACAUCUUGAUAGGGCUCUUGUCUCGCAUCGUGCCCCUCCGUCAGAAGAAGGGGCUGCCCCUGAAGCUGAUCAUCAUGUCGGCGACUCUGCGAGUGGAGGAUUUCACUGACAACACCAGGCUGUUCUCUGUUAAACCUCCUGUCAUCCAGGUAGAUGCAAGGCAGUUCCCUGUAACUGUUCAUUUUAACAAGAAAACCCCCCUGGAUGACUACAGUGGGGAGUGCUUCAGGAAAGUGUGUAAAAUCCAUCGGAUGCUGCCUGCAGGUGGCAUUUUGGUGUUUUUAACAGGCCAGGCAGAAGUUCACUCUCUCUGUAGAAGAUUAAGGAAAGCAUUCCCAUACCAAAAAAACAAUGCUGCAGGAGCAGAGGAUGACAGAGACGACUCGGUGGAAGAAAUGAGGAAAUUUAAGAAAUCGAGGAAGCGGAGGAGAGUUCUGACACUGCCCAAAAUCGAUCUGAACAGUUACUCUGUGGUGCCAGUGGAUGAAGGAGAUGAAGACAGAGACCUUGACAGUGAUGAUGAUGCUGCAGGCUCUGAUCUUGACCUGGAUUUAGGAGAUGGAGACUCAGAAGAAGAGGAGAAAUCCGAUUCAUCCCUGCCCCUGUAUGUGCUGCCACUCUACUCCCUGCUGGCACCAGAGAAACAGGCAAAGGUGUUCCAGCCUCCUCCAGCCGGCACCAGGCUCUGCGUGGUGGCCACCAACGUGGCCGAGACCUCCCUGACCAUCCCGGGCAUCAAGUACGUGGUGGACUGCGGGCGGGUGAAGCGGCGUUUCCACGACAGGAUCACGGGGGUCUCGUCCUUCAGGGUCACCUGGGUCUCGCAGGCCUCGGCCCAGCAGCGCGCCGGCCGCGCCGGCCGCACCGAGCCCGGACACUGCUACAGGCUAUACUCUUCAGCAGUUUUCAUGGACUUUGAGAAAUUUUCUGCUCCAGAAAUAACAAAUCGACCAGUAGAAGACUUGAUUCUGCAAAUGAAGGCAUUAAAUAUAGAAAAGGUAAUCAACUUCCCAUUCCCAACACCUCCUCCCACGGAAGCUCUGGCAGCAGCUGAGGAGUUGCUGAUAGCCCUGGGUGCCUUGAAGGAGCCCCCCAUGACAGGAAGGCUGAAGCAGCAGCUGGCAGCGAAGCUGAGCUGCCCCAUCAGUCCCCUGGGCAGAGUGAUGGCCACUUUCCCUGUGGCCCCUCGCUAUGCCAAGAUGCUGGCCUUGAGCAGGCAGCACGACUGCCUGCCCUACAGCAUCACCAUCGUGUCUGCCAUGACCGUCAGGGAGCUCUUUGAGGAGCUGGACAGGCCAGCAGGCAGCGAGGAGGAGGCAGCCCAGCUGAAGGGCAGGAGAGCGAGGUUUCUGCAGAUGCAGAAGGUCUGGGCUGGGCAGGGGCCCAUGCAGAAGCUGGGGGACCUGAUGGUGAUGUUAGGAGCAGUGGGUGCCUGUGAAUUUGCUGGGUGCACCCGAAAGUUCUGUGAGGAGAACGGGCUCCGGCACAAAGCCAUGCUGGAGGUCCGGCGCUUGAGAGGGCAGCUGACCACAGCAGUGAACUCUGUCUGCAAGGACGCUGGGCUCUACGUUGACCCAAAGAUGAAGCCCCCAACAGAAGCUCAGGUCACCUACCUGAGGCAGAUUGUGCUGGCAGGGCUGGGGGAUCACCUUGCCCGAAGGGUUCAGGCAGAGGAGCUGCUGGAGGACAAGUGGAAAAAUGCCUACAAGACUGCACUCCUGGAGGACCCAGUGUUCAUCCACCCCAGCUCAGUCCUCUUCAAAGAGCUCCCAGAGUUUGUGGUGUAUCAAGAAAUAGUUGAGACUACCAAGCUGUACAUGAAAGGUGUGUCUGCGGUGGAACCCGAGUGGAUCCCUGCCCUGCUGCCACCCUACUGCCACUUUGGGAAGCCUCUGGAAAAGCCUCCUCCCUCCUACUGCCCUGGCACGGGCCGAGUUCGCUGCCACAGACCCAGUGUCUUCUACCGUGUGGGCUGGCAGCUCCCUGCUGUGGAAGUCGAUUACCCCGCAGGACUCGAUCGCUACAAACACUUUGCCAGGUUCCUGCUGGAAGGAAAGGUCUUUAAAAAGCUGAGUUCUUACAGCCAGUGCCUGCUGUCCAGUCCCCUGAUAAUGCUGAAGACAUGGUCCAAACUUCAGCCCAGGACAGAAGCUCUCCUGCAAGCUCUGGUUAAAGAAAAUUGUGAUAAUCGUGAUGCUUUGGUGGCUGCGUGGAAGAAAAACCCUAAAUAUCUGCUCGCAGCCUACUGCCAGUGGCUGCCCGAGGCCAUGCACCAGGAGCUCGCCCUGAAGUGGCCACCAGUAGCCCUGUGACUCCUGGUGUUGAUGGAUUCCUUUUCUCUGAGGGGUUCUGAGAUCAUCCCAAGGGUUUCCUUGGAAAUCUGGAACAGAUGGACUCACCAGCUGUAGCAAUACCUUUUUGUAAGCAAACCAGGUGGUGUUGUGCUUUCCCAGGAGUCCUGCAAGUUGUUUGGCUGGUAUUUCAUAAUAGUAAUGUUUGGAUAAUUUUAUCCAUUGUAUUUUAUUGAGUUGUUGUUUUUUUUUUUAACCUAGUUUCUCUUUGGACUAUAUUAGUCAUAUGAAGUGUAAUAAAUAUGUAAAGUUCUUGGUCUGGAUG